GUAACAAAAAUGGAUCAAAUGCUGCCAAGUCCAGGGUUCUCGAUCCCCAGUAUCGGGACACCUUUGCACCAGCUAGAGGAAGACCAGCAGAUUCUUCCAAAUGCGCUCCAGCAGCAGCAGCAACAGCCGUCUUCGUCGCAGCAGUCACAGUACCCGCUCCAGCAGCUUCACUCGAUGAGUCCCAACCUGGGGAGCGGGAUGUUCCCCAUGUCUACUCCGCAGAAGACGAUGCAUACUUAUGCACCUACUCCAGCGUUUGCUACUCCUCAGAGUAUGAUGACACCCCAGACUCCACAACACAUGAUGUCGCCAGCAGUGCAACCAGCGAACCAUCUAGCUCCUACUGGAUCUCCAGCUCCAGGAAUAGGCUCCACUGGACCCAUGACUCCUGGAUCGGUUAUGACUCCAGGGUCUGCUGUUAAUCCAGCGUCAGCUGAUCCAGGAAUUUUACCACAAUUACAGAAUAUUGUAUCAACAGUAAGUUUAAAUUGUAAAUUAGACCUUAAAAAAAUUGCACUACACGCUAGAAACGCUGAGUACAACCCUAAACGUUUUGCCGCUGUUAUUAUGAGAAUAAGAGAACCCAGAACGACGGCUCUGAUAUUCAGUAGUGGCAAGAUGGUCUGUACUGGAGCUAAAAGUGAAGAGGACUCUCGGUUGGCUGCUAGAAAGUACGCUCGUAUUAUUCAAAAGCUUGGAUUUCCCGCUAAAUUCUUAGAUUUUAAGAUCCAAAACAUGGUGGGAAGUUGUGAUGUGAAGUUCCCCAUAAGACUCGAAGGAUUGGUCCUUACUCACGGCCAAUUCUCAUCUUAUGAGCCGGAAUUAUUUCCGGGUCUUAUUUAUAGGAUGGUCAAACCUCGAAUUGUGUUACUAAUUUUCGUGUCCGGUAAAGUUGUACUUACAGGAGCUAAAGUAAGGACCGAAAUUUAUGAGGCUUUUGACAAUAUUUACCCAAUUCUCAAAAGCUUUAAAAAGCAGUGA